AUGGCGACACCUGACAUUGCCAACAUGCCCACUGCAGACGAGGCCAUGGCCACCACGACGUCCCAGAAAACCGCUCGAGAUGCCCUCAGCCCGACGCAGGCCAAAGCCAAUACCCCGGCGACACCUCGCAACGAGUCUCCAUCGUCGAAAUCGACAUUUGGCAGACUGCGACAACACCUUUCCAGCCCGAUCCGAGUCAACAUCUUCGCCGAGAUCGAACUCCUCAUCCUGACAUUUUGCACGGGCAUCCAAGAUGCGACCACGUUCCCGGACUACCACUGCUUCGCGUCCAACCAGACGGGCAACACCGUCAUGCUGGCCAUGGCGGUCAUCCUUCCCGAAGCCACUCACGACCUCUUCGUCACGGCCAACAUCGGCAUGUCGCUGGGCUGUUUCCUGCUGGCGGGCUACAUCACCGGCCAGCUGAGCCACAUCAUCGGCCCGCGGAACCGCGCGUGGAUCGUCUUCUGCAAUUUUUUCCAGACGGGCCUGGUCUUCAUCGCCGCGGCGCUGCAGUACAUCCACGGCGUCCAUCUUGAUGGCUCGAUCACCGUCAUUAUCAUCGGGCUCCUGGCUUUUGCGGCUGGCAGUCAGGUCGUGCUGUCCAGGUCGCUGAGCAUGACGGAGAUCAGCACGGCCAUGGCGACGGCCGCGUGGGUGGAUUUGUUGAUCGACAAGAGGUUGCUAGCUGUGCAUAACCGACCCAGGACGAGGAGGGCGAGUUUCCUGACCGCUUUGGUUGGCGGUGGGUUCUUUGGGGCAUACAUUUAUCGUGAGGUCGGGUCCGAGACGGCCAUUUUGAUGUCGGCCGUGGGUAAAUUGGUGGUCACCAUCAUGUUUCUGUUCAAUGGCAUCGAAAAGCCGAGGGUUGGUGAGAGUGCUGUGUAG